UUUUACACAAAUAGCCCCGGAUAUCCUUGUUACCAGCCCCGUCGCAGCCACCUAGGGUAAUCAUCAAUUCUGCCUAGAGGACUGAGGAAAAGCACCUGCAAAAGAGUGCUUAAUUCAAUGUUAAGCAUCCUUGGCUUGCUGAAUUGGAGCAAAAGUUAGGUCCAAGAUGAGCCAAUUGGUACCUCAGUCCAGAGACUAAAAGAGCAGGGAGUUUGGGGAAACUUUCCAGAGAAGAGUCACAGCUCAAACCCAAGUGCAAGUAUAUCCCAAAAUGGGCAUGAGUACCUUGAAAUUGCUGAAGUAUGUCCUGUUUUUCUUCAACUUGAUAUUUUGGUUCUGCGGCUGCUGCAUUUUGGGCUUUGGGGUAUACUUCCUGGUCCACAACAACUUCGGGGCUCUCUUUCAUAACCUCCCCUCCCUCACGCUGGGCAACGUGCUUGUCAUCGUGGGCUCCAUCAUCAUGGUGGUUGCUUUCCUGGGGUGCAUGGGCUCCAUCAAGGAGAACAAGUGCCUGCUUAUGUCGUUCUUUGUCCUGCUGCUGAUCAUCCUCCUUGCUGAGGUGACCUUGGCCAUCCUGCUCUUCGUGUAUGAACAGAAGCUGAAUGAGUCUGUGCAUGAGGGCCUGGCCGAGAGCAUCCAGCGCUAUCACUCGGACAACAGCACCAAGGCGGCGUGGGACUCCAUCCAGCAAUUUCUGCAAUGUUGUGGUAUAAAUGGCACAAGUGAUUGGACCAGCGGCCCACCAGCUUCUUGCCCUUCAGAUCCACAAGUUAAGGGUUGCUAUGUAAAAGCAAAAAUGUGGUUUCAGUCCAACUUCCUGUAUAUCGGCAUCAUCACUAUCUGUGUGUGUGUGAUCCAGGUAUUGGGGAUGUCCUUUGCGCUGACUCUGAACUGCCAGAUUGAUAAAACCAGCCAGGCCCUGGGGCUGUGACCUGCUACUGACUUUGCUGAAAAGACUUGUUUCAUCUCUGAAAAUCUGAAACCACUUAUAGCAUGAAGGACUAAAUGAUCACCUCCUGGACUGACAUCUUUGACCCCUCUCAUCUCUUCCCUGCUUUGGUUCUUGUUUCACACAACCAGAGAAGAGGGUGUUGGACAGGUUCUUCCCAUCUCAGGAAGCACCCACUCAUGGUGGCAGCCAUGUCACUCAAAGUGGGGACACUAAUACUGAGCAUUUUUCAGACAUGAGAGGCCAAGAGAACCUGUGGCACUAAUGGCUCAGGAUUAAAGGAUGGGUCUAGGACUUGAAUUUUUGUGUCCUCCCAUUAUCUCUAAAUCAUACCCAGUUCACUCCUCAAAGUCAAGCAAGAGACAAGCUAAAGGGACCUCUGGAGCCAGACUUACUAGAUCAUUGUCACAAUCUUGUUUCCUUGAGACUGUAGAUAUUGGCUACAGAAAUGACAGAGUAUUCUUUCUCCAAAUAGUGGGGUUUCAUUUCAAUUUCUUAUUCAUUCAUUCUAUCUUUCCAGAAGAAACUAUCUAGUUAUUCAAUCCUGAUUUCAGCCAAUCUCUUAGUCUUUGAUUUAUAUAACUGUGGAGGAACUCAGCAGAACCAGUGUUUCUGGUGACUCAGAUGAUAACCACAUUCAGAAGAGUUCUGAUGUUAUUUCUUUAUCACAUAAGGUUUUGUUAAUGUGCUAUUUUAACUCUUUAAUAAAUAAAAUAGCAUAUGAUCUCAGUCACUACGUUCCCAUUCCUAUAUCUCAAAUACACAUUCUACCACUCAGGCUGAUUGCCUUGCCAGCGAGCGAAGAAUGCUAGUUAUCUAUUGCUGCAUAACAAAUUACCCCAAAACUUAGUGGCUAAGAACAACAAACAUUUAUUAUCUCACAGUUUUUGUGAGUCAUAAAUCUGGUAUUAACUUAGCUGGGUGAUCCUGGUCUGUGAUCUCUCAUGUGACUAUGAUCAACAUGUCAGCCACAGCUGCAGUCAUUCCAAGGCUCAACUGGAAGGGGACUCAUUCUCGAGCUCUGUCAUAUUGCUCUUAGUAGGCAACAGUUCUUUGUCACAUAUGCCUUUCCACUGGGCUGCCUUAUGACAUGACAGUAGGCUUUCCCCAUAGAAAGAUAUUCAAGAGAGAGCAUGAAAUACAGCACCCAAAACAAACCAUAGUCCUUUCACAACCUAACUCAGUUCUGCCAUAUUCUAUUUCUUAGAAGUAAGUUGAAAAGUUCAACCCAUCCUCAAGGGUAGCGUAUUAUACAAGGGUGUGGAUACUCUGAGUUGGAAAUGAGAGGUGGCCAACCAACCAUACCAUGUUUGUUGGAUCAGAAGAAGUUAAACUGAACUGUCUAUAGGCUGAAUUAAAUUAUCUAUAUAAUAAUCACAUUUUGUAAAGCAAACAAUGAGAACAUAUCUAAUCUAGAACCAAAUGCAAAGAAGUCAAAGAAAGAGAUGGAAGAAUUGGUUUCUAUUAUCAAAGUGUUAUGUAGGAUCUCCCCCUUCCCUUUAGGAAAAAUCGGUCAUUUUAAUAGUUUAUAGAGAAACCUACAUCUUUUGCACUUUCCUGAGGCAAAGAAGUUUGCAGAGGAGACAUUCUUGUAAA